CUUUCGUACCAUGAAAAAGACACAAAAUGUUUAAAAUUUCUCUCUCUCUCUCUCUGGCCUGCGUUUCUCUCUCUAGACCUAAUCCCUCCAAGUUAAAGUGUCUUCCCCGAAGCCGGAGCUAAGCGCCAAUUGCAGCUCUUCGCAGUCAAGCAACCAAAGAAACGUAAAAGCCGAUUUUCUUGCACCCAUCUCACAGUCUGAAAGUAAAGUUGUGAGCUUUGCUUUGCUUUCUAUCUAGUACUUAAUAUUCUUCUUCUUCUGCCCCUUUUUGAUUUUAUGGGGGGCUCAAGAAAUUGUAUUCAAUUCAAAAAGUUGCCCCUUUUCUGCCUGCCGUCGGGCUGUAACCUUUGCAUAUCAAAUGCUUGAACCACCCAGAACGCCAUUUCGGGAAAAAGCAGUGGUAGCUCAAGCGAGGAAGCUUUGAAGUGGGCGAUCUUGAGGUGGGUGGGGAUAGAAUUGAGUUGGGUUUGAUGCUGGGAGAGGAGUGAUUGGAAAGAUGGUGGUGAGGAAAGUGGGGAAAUAUGAGCUCGGCAGGACGAUCGGGGAAGGGACCUUCGCGAAGGUGAAGUUCGCGCAGAACACCGAGACCGGCGAGAGCGUUGCCAUGAAGGUGCUCGAUCGGAGCACCAUCAUCAAGCAUAAGAUGGUCGAACAGAUCAAGAGGGAAAUAUCAAUUAUGAAGCUCGUGAGGCAUCCCUAUGUUGUUCGUCUCCAUGAAGUUCUCGCAAGCCGAACAAAGAUUUACAUAAUCUUGGAGUAUAUUACAGGUGGAGAGUUGUUCGACAAAAUAGUUCAUCAUGGACGUCUCAGUGAGGCCGAAUCUCGGAAAUAUUUUCAACAGCUUAUUGAUGGCGUGGACUAUUGCCACAGUAAGGGUGUGUACCACAGAGAUUUAAAGCCAGAAAAUCUCUUACUCGAUUCCCAAGGAAACUUAAAAAUUUCGGACUUUGGCCUCAGUGCAUUGCCUGAACCAGGAGUAAGCCUCCUUAAGACAACAUGUGGGACCCCCAACUACGUAGCACCUGAGGUGCUCAGUCAUAAGGGCUAUAAUGGAGCUGUGGCUGAUGUUUGGUCUUGCGGAGUCAUCCUUUAUGUUUUGAUGGCCGGAUAUCUCCCGUUUGAUGAACUUGAUCUCACGACAUUGUACAGUAAGAUUGAGCGUGCAGAAUUUUCAUGCCCGUCAUGGUUUCCUGUUGGAGCAAAAUCAUUGAUUCACAGAAUCUUAGAUACGAAUCCAGAAACUCGGAUUACUAUUGAGCAGAUCAGAAAUGAUGAGUGGUUCAAGAAAGGUUAUGUUCCAGUGAGACUCCUUGAAUAUGAAGAUGUGAACUUAGAUGAUGUGAAUGCUGCAUUCGAUGAUGAUGAGAGACAGAAGUCGACUGAGGAAACUGGCAAUGAAGACUUAGGUCCAUUGAUUUUGAAUGCCUUCGACUUGAUAAUUUUAUCUCAGGGUUUAAAUCUCUCAACACUCUUCGACAGGGGCCAGGAUUCUAUCAAAUAUCAAACUCGGUUCAUCACUCAGAAGCCUGUGAAGGUGGUCUUAUCUAGUAUGGAAGUUGUGGCACAAUCCAUGGGUUUUAAGACGCAUAUUCGAAAUUAUAAGAUGAGGGUGGAAGGACUUUCUGCAAUCAAGACUUCUCAUUUCUCUGUUAUUCUCGAAGUUUUCGAGGUCGCGCCCACAUUUUUCAUGGUCAACAUCCAAAAGGCAGCUGGGGAUGCCACCGAGUACCUCAAGUUCUACAAGAAUUUUUGUAGCAAUCUCGAGGACAUCAUCUGGAAACCUCCUAGCGAGUCAACCAAGACGAGGAUCACCAAGUCUAAGAGCAAGAAGCGUUGAUGCAGACCUGAUGACCUCUUCGGCAUAGUUAAUGUGUAUCAUUAUUUGAUACUAGUUGUAAUAUAGUAAGCUGAGUUGUUGAGCUGAGGUCACUUAGUCUUAGAGGAUGCCGUGUGUGAUAGAUCACCAUAUUGAUAAUUUGAUAUGACUAACCUUUAGCUUUGUUGGGUAUCACAAGAUUAAGGAGACAUGAUCACACUUUCUGUAAAAUUUUGUAAGAGAGAGUGAUAAAUUGAGAAUUUGCUUUGGACAAACAGACACCAUCGCAGUCGCUGGACGAAAGAUGGCUUGUACGAACGGUUGGCGAUGCCCUUUGGGCUAACUAAUGCUCCAAGUACCUUCAUAAGAUUGAUGACGCAC